CAAACAAGGGAAAUAUAGCGUUUCCCCUCCUCUGCUUUCCUUCCUCUCCUUUCCUUUCCCUCGAAGCGGGUAUUUUUGUCAAUUGGAUUCUGCCAAUCUAAUCCACUUUCAAAAUAACGAAGUGAACUAACUUUCCUUCUUUCUUUCACUGUCUGAAAACACCACCAUGGCCUUCUCCACCACCACAACCACCACCACCGCCACCACUUCACUCCUCUUCCUCUCACCCUCCCUCUCUUUCAACCCUCAACCCUUCUCCUCCCUCCCAUUCCCACCCAAACCCUUCUCCAAAACCUCUUCCCUCUCCCUCCACCACCACACGCGCAACCCUUUCUUAACCCGCGUCGACGACGGCGACGCCGACAUCGAAACCGCCGGCCCCGACGACUACGACAUGGACGACGACGAGGUAGAGGAGGUCGACAACAAGCGCGACUUCGACAUCGAGUACGAGCCCUCCGGCUCCGGCGCCGACCUCGACAUCGCAGUGGCGGAGAGCAAGAGCUUCGUGUCUACGCAGGGGUGGGACCCUGAGACGGUGGUGGAUUACAGAAUCAACGAGGAUGAGUUCCACAAGUUUAGCUUGCUUGAUUGUGACUUCUUCAUAAGGAAGCCACCUGACCCUGAUAACGAUGUGUAUGAUUUCAGAGAGAUGUAUGUUACUCCUCCGGAUACAGAUGUUUAUUCAAUUCCCAAGGUUCUAGCUCCAAUGCCUCCGAAGUACAUUAGAUGUGCGCAGAGUGAUUUUGGAUGCGACAAUGUGACAGAGCCACCUGUUGAUGCACUUCGAGAUCCUCUGUAUAAAUCUGAGAGGGAAAUCUACAAGAUAUUCUUGACGAAACACUACAAAAACCGGAGGCUGGGUGACCCCGAGUUUGUGCUAGAUUUUGAGGAGAUUUAUGUUAUUGAUUCCAAAACUAAGUCAAUUACCAGAGCCAAAGUUCUGGUAACAGUUCCUGGAGGGAGAACUAGAGAUAGAAAGAGUGACUUGCUUGUUAUAGCUGAUAAAGGAAGAUCCUUCAAAAUAAUACAUGCGAGUGAAAGAUAUGAUCCAACAACUGUAAUAGAAAGAAAAGAGUGGAUCGAAACCAGAGAAGAAAUGGAGAGGCAUCUUAGAAAGCUAAGAGACUUUAGCAUUUCAAAUUGGUUUUGAUUAAGAAGCACGCAUUCAAAGACUUCCUCUGGGUAUAAUACUCAGCAUUAUAUAGGGGUUGAGCUGGCAUGUGCAUACAGGCAAUUUAGACAUAACCCUCCAAUGCUUUUUGUAGUCUGUCAAGAUAAAAAUGUCACUAAUCAUUAUGGUUAUGGAAAACUGCUGCAAAAGAAUUGUUGACUCAAGAAUUCUUCAUCACUUCCACACUAAAGCAUAUUAUACGUUCUCCAGAAUUACCUAACAAA